AAAAGAAAUGUUAUGCCAGCAGAGGGCGCCCGGGCCGUACUAAAGUCACCAUUAUUCAUAAAAAUUGGAAAAAUGUUAGAUGGAAUCUGUCGAAAAUGAAGAAUUCGGUUUUUCUGUUUCGUAGAACUUUAGAUGUGUAGUAAAUAAAUUUAUAAAUCAUAAUGAUUUAAUUUUAAGGCAGUGAAACCAUAAAAAAAGGUGGAGAGGGUGAUUUGAGUGUGGUAAAGUCAUAAGACUUGUGUCAUCUGUCUGAUUGCUCUUCCUUCAAGAUGGCUCCUCCACCGGAGUAUGAUAAGGAACCGAAAGCCCCAGAUAAAAGUGUCACAAAUAUUUCUACCGACGAUUCGAAAGUUUUAUACAAUCUAGUAAAGGAACAGCAAAAUAAUUCGGACCAUAAGCCUCCCAACGCCGCAGCUAAUGCUGAUGUUGAGAACAACAAGCACGUGGGGGCGCUGGACGACGGACAGUUGCGCGCCUUGCUGGACGAGGCCAUAGCGUACAAACGGCCCAAAGACCGCGAGGGCAAGAGCAGUCUAUUCAAGGAGCUACUUGAGGAGGUGGAGCAGGACGAGCAGGCUUGCGAGGCGGCGGCGCGCAGUGUGACAGGGCGGCGAGGCGCUCGUGGCAGCGGGGCAAGUGGGGGCGGUGGUGGCGGGGGCGGGUCGCACGGGCGGCGCGCGCUGCCGCACUCCAACUCGCUGCAGGACCUGAUGGCGGCCGCUCUCGCCGCAGAGCAGCCGCGCCAGCGUGCGCAUGCGCACCCCCCGCCCGCCUCGGUAUCUGCGCGCGCGCACCACGGUGGCAGCCUGCCCUCCGGCGUUGAUACUUCAUUCAUGCUGAGCGAGGAGCCGACUCGCGGCGGCUACCUGGCCACAGUAAGAUGUGUCAACCCGCCGCCGCUCGCCGAGCGCCGCGUCUCCGCCAGUGACGCCAACGGCCCCGCCGAGCUCGAGCACCUUAACAGACGGAGUAAGCCGAUGUUCCCGGUUACGUACACUGCACGCGCGACACUCGAGAUCGGCAGCGGCAGCGUGUGCUCCGGCCGCGCCGUCACCACCACCACGCCGUCCAACCAGGUGCGUACCCCGCCCCGCCCACCACUACAUCCCGCCCCAAGUCACGCCCCACACCACGCCCCAGCAGACAACAGGACGCAGAGGCUCAUGGACGCCCUCGCACCUAAACCACAGAGCCCCACAGCAACCAGUGCGCCCACUGAACACCUUCGCAGUCUCUCUACAUCUCCGCACCGCGCUCUGGUGGACGCAUUCGAACCUAAAACAAAUUCUAACCCCGAUGAUAAGGAAGCGAAGAUCAAAGAGUGUGAAACUAUUCGUGAUUUGCACCAAUCUUCAAAUAUCGUACUCAUGGAAGCAUUUAAACCUAAGUCAAAUAAUGCAAGUAAUAAGUCAACUGAAGUCGCUUCAACUCCAUACCAAAAAGAUGUUCUCAUGGAUAACCUCAAAUCGAACACAAAUAUUGAACCCCCGGGAAUGGAGGAGGAAUGUAGUACAUCUUAUAACCGCAGUAUGUCCCAAUCAUUACAUGGAAGCUCAUCGAAUUCAAACGAAUCUCUAAGAAAGAAUCCUUUAGAAGUCGCAAAUUCAGAAAUGUGGAUAAAAAACGUUAACAACUGGUACGAUGGAUUACAUAGUUAUUUUGGUCCAAAUGAUAUUCUAAUAAAUCGGAAUAAUACACAUCAAGAUCAACGCUUAAAUGAAUGCAGUAACAUUGAUAAUAAUAUACAAGUAAAUUAUAAUUAUGAAGAAAACCCUUCGAAUCCAUUUUUAGAUCUCAAUCAAGUUAUGCAAAAGUCUAAAAUGAAACGACAAGAAACGUACAGAGAAAAUAAAGAUGCAGUAAUCAAACAAUAUACGAGAAAAUCUCAUCCAUUUAUCUCAUGUUCAACUAAAAACAAAACAGAUUUAACACAGAAAUACACUGAAAUGAAGAAAACUCUAGUAGUACCAACUCUAGCUAAUCAUAAUAAUCCAAGAAAUUUUAGGAAUACGACAAUAGGUAAUAUUGAAGAAGAAUAUUAUGAAAAAACGAACAAAUCAAUAAAUAAUGGCGAUAAAGAAAAUAAUCAAGAGGAAAAGUUUAAAAAACAUAAUUUGAAUUUAGAAGUAAAUGAUGAUGAAGAAAAAUCGCCAAUUGCUUCCAAAUCCGAAGAUAAAAAAGAUUACGAAAUGAAAGACAUGUCAAAACUAUCUUUGAUUACUUCUGAGAAUAAUACUGAAAUUGAAUUACUAGAUUUUGCAAAUCGUAUAACAAAUGAAACAAAUUCAUUUUCAAAAUUCGUUGAAGAACAACGCAACUUUUUUAAGAAAUUAGAAUACAAUAAUAAUACAAUAACACCAAAAUCGAAUGAUAUCGAAUCAAAAAUAGAAGCUGUCAAAGAUAAAGAAAAUCAAAGAUUACGUAGUGAAGAAGAUAAAGAUUGUAAAAUUAAAAGUCAUACAAAAACGGACAAGGUAAUUUGGUUAAUUGACAAUAAAUCAGAAAUAAAUUAUCAUCCAAUGCUUUUAGACGAUAUAAUAUUAACUAAAUCUAAUAGUGAUGGCCUAUCUACUAACAAUACAGCUUUAAAAGAUGAGAAAAGUGAAAAAGAUAGUACUGAAAAAUUACAACUAUCAAUCACUAACACAGAACAGAUAGCAAAUGAUAAAAAGGCAAAGAGAACAGCACUUACAAUGCUACUACUCAAAAAUCUGUUCGAAAAAGACCAGUCUAUCUCUGGAAUAGAAUUGAAUGUGAAAGAGGUGGAUGCGGCGAUACCGUUCAGCUGCAUCACAACCCCGGAGGUUGUGGCCAGCUGUAACACCACGCCCGCGCACCCCGCGCACCCCGCGCUACCCGCACUCGCAGUCGACCCCAAGCCGCUGCAGCUGGGCUCGUGCUACCGCGCGGUGUCGUGCCUCACUGGCGAGCCGCUCCCCGACGCGACCGUCAGCGCCGCGCCUACUGCGCCCACCGCGCCCACCGCACCGCCCGCCGCGCCCACACACGAACAGCCUCGCAGCGUGAUAUCUAGCAGUCUGAACGGGCUGCCGCUAACGAGGUCGGGCUUCGCCACCGGCGCCUCCGCCUCCGCCGACGAAAGUAAGAAAUCGCUAGACGAAAACGGCAACUCAGUCCAGGGUUUCAGCUCACCGCUGUCCGGAUCUAGUCACAAUAAGAAGCCGCGGAGGAAAAAGUCCUCCAAGAACGAAACCGUCAUCAAGUCACAGGAGAUCGACGGCUAUCAGGGGAACAAGGAUCUGAACGAAGUGCUGCGCUUUAUCGAGUCCAACGCGGAGAGCGCCCGCUCACAUAAGGUGCGCGCCAAGCACAAGGACGACGAUGACAAGGGCAAGAAGCGCUCCACCGAGCGCCGAAAGGACAAGGAGAGCAAAGUAAAGCGCGCCUCGUCGCUCGAGGAGCUGUCGCGCACCACGCUCGCCGAUCUCACCGACCACACAGACAAGCCCGCGCCGCGCCCCGAGCCCGCCAAGCCCAAGCCCGAGCGCCGCUCCUGGGGCGAGGACUUCGCAGACAACGCCGCCGCCGCCGCCGCCUCCGCCGCACUCGAGCUCACAGACUUCCAGACCGUCACCAAGAAGCGCAAACCGCGCCGCCGCACUGACGAGCCCGAGCCGCCGCGCCGCGCGCGCCCCCCCGCCCCGCCUUCCGACCGCAGCAACGACUCCAACGACGACAUGGACUCCGUGCACUCGCUGCACUCGUUGCCCGCAGACGCGCCACCCGCGCGCCCCGCGCCCCCACACCCGCACGCCUCCUAUGCCGACAUCGCGCGCACGCGCCACAACAUCCCCGACCUCAUCGAGUCCUGCAACUUCUACGAGACCGAGGUGGGCGGCGAGCAGACGCGCACCGAGCCCGCGCCCGCCGCCGCCCCGCCCGCACCCGACGACUACCCCUCGCUGGAGGUGCUCGAGGCGCGCAAGAAACGCGACAAACCGCGCCCCGCCCGCAAGGAGCGCAACGAGGGCGACGCGCCCGCGCCAGACGUCGUGUCCGACCGCCGGCCCGCCGUCAUCCUGCUGGACCGCGCGUCGCGUCCCCACGACAUGGACGGCGUCACCUUCGGCUUCGACAUCAACGAGCAGCUGGUGGGUGCGCGCCGGCCGCGCUGCGACCUGGUGCGCGACGCGCUCGAGGGCGCCGUGCCGGUGCCGGUGCGCGCCGGCCCGCUGCGCUACCUGCCGCCGCCGCCGCCCCCGCCCGCGCACCAACACACGCAUCUGCUGCAGAUCGUCGACUACGUAGGCGGAGCGUGGGAGGACGUGGUGCGGUGCGGCGGCGGCAAGGUGCGCUACUUCAGCGAGUAGCCCGCGCUUGCGCUGCGCAGUGAAAGUGUUCAGUGCUAGUGAACUCCGUACUGUCUAUAACAGAUAUAAGAUAAACGCUUACGGAUGAGUGCGCGUCGGAUAUCGCCGCUUAUAUUUUUAUUAUAGUGAAUAAAUGAAUCGAUUCCGAACGGUAAUGGUGACUUUGGUCAGGAAGUGUUCCUAGUGCGUGUUCAGAACAUUUUGUGAACGAUGCAGAUGUUUCGACGUUCGUCGCGCGAUGUGAAUGUGAUCGCAGUGUUAAUGUUCUCUUUCUAAGUGAAUUUCGAAGCUUCGAAGUGGAUUGUCUCGCUCUAAUACUCUGUGGAGUCCAUGUUAGCGUUUUCGCUGUGAUUAAAAAAAGUUUUGCGCUAUGUAUAUAAAAGGACUAGAGCUUACGUGGGCAUUUAACUAUCACAUUUGCACCUAUAUGUAAAGAAAAAAAUGAAAAAAACAAGAGAUUGCGAUCCUACCUGCAAUUGUUUUGUCUUGAGGACGCUUUAUUUAUUUGUUUGGUGUAUGAAAAAUGGCCUGGUACAUAGCCCGUGUUGUAUGGUAAAUAAAACAUGUAUUUUGUCUGUGCAUUUCCUUUUGAAGUUUUUUAAACUGCCGUUAGAAGCUAGCUUGUUUAAUUGACAUGACUGGAUUGAAUAUGUUCUCUCUUUGAUAGGUUGUUGAGACUGUGAAUUUUCAUUGCCAAAAGUUUAACAAAGAUACAUUAUUGUCUUUGUUAAGUCUAUGAAAAGGAUGAAAAUAUGUUUUUGUUCAGAUGUUUUGGCAAUGGAAACUCAGAGAUAUGAAACAAGUCUAUGUAUCAGGUCAAUGUACAAGUAGCCCAUUGUGACAAUAACAUCCAUUGGGUUGGUAACAAUUUUGUUUCUGUUAAUGUUUAUAAUGCUUGAGUUUUGUUAUUUAAUCACAUAUAAUAGAUUUCUUUCUCUAAUCAGCUACUCACUUCUUAAUUUGUUAUGUAAUUUUUAAGUUUUACUGCUGCAAAUUGUAUAUAAGAUAUAAAUAAGACCCCAUGUUCUAUACGACAGUGUUGUACUCUGUUAAACAAGUGUGAUGGACUCUUACAACAAAAUGUUAUUUAAAUUAUGUUCAGUAAGAGUUUGGAGGGAUUCCUAAUGUUUUAACCAUUUAUCGUGGCCUAUCUUACAUCUUUGCCUUAUUUAUAUCAUCACAUUUCAGCAAACACAAUGCCAAGUAAUAAUCAAAUUGAAAAUGUUACUAUAACAUUAUUUUUAUACUUCUAAAUGAGAUUUGGUGUAAUUUAUAAACAAUUAGAUAUCAAUAUUGGCAAUUUUAGUUUGUUUGCAAAAAUAUUUGCGUACAACACCGUUUGCAAAAAUACUUAUCUCGAAAUUUUGCCAUUAUUCAAGAACGAAGUUCAGAAGAGCUAAAUAAGCUGUCAAGAUUUAUAAAAUAUAUUGCAUCAGUUCAUUGACCUCUAUAUACUGGAUAGUCUACAGGUCAUGCUGUUUAGUGAAAAUUUCAUUUUCCCUGUUUUGACUCUAAAGUCAGGUAGUAGCUGGAAAAGCUGUCCAGCCGCUAUAGAGGUCAAUGCAUCAGUCGCAAUCUCAAUGACCAAACUGAGAUUUAUUGUAAUGUAUAAUAUUUUUCAAAUAUCAUGGUGGCUCAAGGUCAGCUGCGUCGUCCUC